UCCCGGCAUGCUUUGCGCCCGGCGGCCUGACGGCGGCCCUCCCACGCUGCACUGCGUGGACCUCCUGAGGGGGAGACGCCACGGGAGGAGGAGGGGGUGUUGCGAUCCAGCCUGUGACAAUACCUGGAAAGAGUAUGAAUGUUUCAGAGAACUGGCUAUUCAAUCAUUCCUCAUUAGCAUCUCAAGUUCAUGCUGCUGCUGUUAAUGGAGAUAAGAGCACCCUCCAAAAGCUAAUAGCAGGAAACCUUGAUCUGAAAAAUAAAGAGGACCAGUUUGGGAGAACUCCACUCAUGUACUGUGUACUGGCUGACAGAGUGGAUUGUGCUGAGGCCUUGCUGAAGGCAGGAGCAGAUGUUAAUAAAUCUGAUCGUAGCCAGAGAACUGCUCUUCAUCUUGCUGCACAAAAGGGAAAUUAUCGCUUCAUGAAACUUUUACUGGCUCGUAGAGCAAACUGGAUGAAGAAGGAUUUAGAAGGAAUGACUCCUUUGCAUUUAACUACCCAGCACAAGAGUCCAAAAUGCUUAGCUUUGUUGCUAAAAUACAUGGCACCAGGAGAAGUGGAUACACAGGACAAAAAUAAGCAAACUGCUCUGCACUGGAGUGCCUACUACAAUAAUCCAGACCAUGUGAAACUUCUCAUAAGACAUGAUUCUAAUAUUGGAAUCCCUGAUAUUGAUGGCAAAAUCCCACUUCAUUGGGCAGCUAAUCACAAGGAUACCAGUGCAAUUCACACAGUCAAAUGUAUUCUGGAUGCUGCUCCUACAGAGUCUCUGCUGAACUGGCAGGACUAUGAAGGACGAACUCCCCUUCAUUUUGCUGUGGCUGAUGGGAAUGUGGCAGCGGUUGAUGUCUUGACGUCUUACGAAGGCUGCAAUGUAACAUCUUAUGACAAUCUAUUUCGAACACCUCUUCACUGGGCAGCUUUACUGGGCCAUGCACAAAUUGUCCAUCUCCUAUUAGAAAGAAACAAGUUUGGAACCAUCCCAUCUGAUAGCCAAGGAGCAACACCCCUACAUUAUGCAGCACAGAGUAACUUUGCUGAAACAGUUGAAGUAUUUUUGAAAUAUCCCUCUGUGAAAGAUGAUCCAGACCUUGAGGGAAGAACAUCCUUUAUGUGGGCGGCUGGGAAAGGCAGUGAUGAUGUUAUCAAGACUAUGCUAAACUUUAAAGUGGACAUUGAUAUCAACAUGACAGAUAAAUAUGCUGGCACAGCCUUACAUGCAGCUGCCCUUUCUGGCCACGUCAGCACUGUGAAAUUGCUCUUAGAACAUAACGCACAGGUAGAUGGUACUGAUGUCAUGAAACACACUCCUCUUUUUCGAGCCUGUGAAAUGGGACACAAAGAAGUGAUACAGACACUUAUUGAAGGGGGAGCAAGAGUAGAUUUGGUUGACCAGGAUGGCCAUUCUCCCCUUCACUGGGCAGCUUUGGGAGGAAAUGCUGAUGUAUGCCAAAUACUGAUAGAAAACAAAAUCAACCCAAAUGUGCAGGAUUAUGCAGGAAGAACUCCCUUGCAGUGUGCUGCAUAUGGAGGCUACAUUAACUGCAUGGUAGUGUUACUGGAAAAUAACGCAGAUCCAAAUAUUCAAGAUAAAGAGGGAAGGACUGCCUUACAUUGGCUAUGUAAUAAUGGCUACCUGGAUGCUAUAAAGUUGCUGCUGGGCUUUGAUGCUUUCCCUAAUCACAUGGAAAACAGCGAAGAAAGAUACACUCCACUUGAUUAUGCUUUGCUUGGUGAACAUCAUGAGGUAAUUCAGUUUAUGUUGGAACAUGGAGCUCUCUCUAUAGCUGCCAUACAAGACAUUGCUGCCUUCAAAAUCCAAGCUGUCUACAAAGGAUACAAGGUUAGAAAGGCUUUCCAAGACAGAAAAAAUCUUCUAAUGAAGCAUGAACAGCUGAGAAAAGAUGCUGCUGCCAAGAAACGAGAAGAAGAAAAUAAGAGAAAAGAAGCCAACCUGCAGAAGGGAAUGCAGAACCUGCAGCUCAAUUGUGUACAGCAGCAGCUUGCAAAUAGAGAGAAGAGUUACACUAGUGCACAGCUAUUUAGUAAACCAGCUGAUGUGCAUAAUAAAAGACCUUUCUCCUGCAGCAUGUCUCAAGACCAAGCAGGGAGAAGCAACAGAGGUUCACCUACAGGUUCUCAAAACAAAGCAACAUUGAAGGAGAAAUUCCCACCUGCAGAGCUUCUGGGUGAGGAUCGCAAAUUCAAGAAAGAAUAUUCUAGGAAACACACCAAAAAGAAGCCAGCUUGUGUGCAUUUCCAUUGUAGUAAAGAAAAUGGUGGAAAUGGAGCAAAACAUGCAACUGCUACAGAACUGGAUGGCGAAAAGCAUAAAGAGCAGAUUGCAAGGGCAAAUGGUUCCUUUGCACAUGGCAACAAAAAGCAAAACCCUGCAUGUAGGCCAACCAGUGCUGGGGAUAAAUUAAGAGAUCAAAGUCAAUCUACGUUGGGUGGCAGAAGCCAGUGUGAAGAAACAGCAGCUUGCUUACAGAACCUUAAUUGCACUGAUGGAAAAGCAAGGAAUUCAAGGCACUGUGAAACUGCCUCAAGCAGCAAAAUGCAGCAGCUGAGAGCAAGAAGUAGACAGUUAAAGGAUGAGAGGUAUUCUCCUGCUGGUUCCAGCAGGCCUGGAAGUGCCAGAGUGGUGUCUGGAAAUAUCAGAAGUACCAGCUUAGGUGCCACAGUGAAAUCUAUCCAUGUGGCAAAUGUUGAAUUAAAAAAAGGGGCCCGCCCUUUAUUGUCUGUUGAAGUAGGAAUUACAAGACUGGUGCCAAGCGAUACAGCAACUUGUGCUGUUUCUGAAGACAAUCUGGACUUGGAAAAAACAGAUCAGUCAGGUCCUUUUCCAACAUGGCCAAGUAUGCAUAACGAACUCAUUCCAUUAGAGGUACGGAUACAGAUAAUAGAAAAGGAAAGAACAAGAAAAGAGCUAUUUCGGAAGAAGAACUGUGCUGCUACCAUUAUUCAAAGAGCAUGGAGAAGUUACCAACUAAGACGGGAUUUGUUCCAGCUACUAAGUACUAAGCGACAGUGCAAAGAAGAUGAAGACAAAUGGAGACAAGAGACAGCUGCCUUUUUCAUCCAGGUCGCUUGGAAGAAACAGCUGAACCAUAGCCCUCUAAAAUUAGUUCCUUCAUGUAAAAAAGAAAAAUCUAUAAACAAAAGCAGCUCAACCAUAAAAACUAGCAAGCAGUCCAUCCUCAAACAAAUAUAUGGGUGCUCUCAAGAAGGAAAAAUAUGCCAUCCAGGAAGACUGUCUUCAAAGCAUAAACUUGCUGAUAUACAUCUGAUCUCGGUAAACAACCUACAGCAUAUACACCUGCCUGAGAAUACAGGAAAAAAGAAGCAGUUUUCAUACAACAUCAGACCGACCACUGCUGCAAAAUCAAAAAGCACAAGACCCAAGCAUUAAGCCAAUGGCUCUUGACCUUGUUUUUUCAAGACCCCUGUCAUUCAACACAAGGCAUGCCUCAGAAAGUACCAGCUCUUAGGUUUCACUUGUUUUUUUGACUAUGGAAAAAUACUAGAGCAAUUCUUCUGUUGGAAUAUACUCAAAGACCACAACAGGGCAGAAAGGUUUUGACACUGUGGAUUCUUCCAAUUUGAAAUCUCGGGGGGGUUAUCGUGUGAAUCGUGUGCAAGUGUUUGCACACCUGACAGUUCUAAUAUUGCAUGACAUCCUGCAGCGCCCUUAAAAAGAUCUUGCAACACCCUGGAUGAGAAUUACUGUAUUAACCACAAAUGAAGAGUUGCAAGGAAGAACUUGACAAGAACAUAAAGAAUAAGCACAGGUUGUAUUUUCUUUGUAUUUUUGUAUGUAUUUUUUUACCAUUUAAAAGAAAAAAAAUAUGCUAAAUACUAAACCAGCAGAGGUAUUUUUGAUUAUUGUAUUAUUUCUGUGUUGUAUACCAAAGCAAGAUGUUCAGGGAGUUGAACUCAUUUUGUGUACAAUGAAGCACAGCUUCUAAAAUCCAAUUUGUUUACCAACAGGCUGAAGUCUAUAUGGCAUUUGGCAAUUGUGUACAAGUGAGAGUUAGGUUCCAGCCUUAACUGCUGAGCUGUUUCAGCAUGCCUCUUUCAGAGUUACUGGCAAAUAUAUUUUGAAAGUGUUACUUAUAACCGCAUUUAUCUACAUCUGAAAUAGAGGAGUCAUCGCUAUAUUUUUCUAUUCUCCAACCCUACCAAGGCUUAUACCAAUUUACAAAAGCAUUUUUACAGUCCAAUAAAAGGAUAGGUCACCCUGGUGAAACUCAAAACAGGGACCUGAUGAAGAAUGCAUUGCAUUCAAAAGUUUGUCUAAAAUUUAACCCAACUGUGUACUUGGUCCAAUAAAAGAUAUCGCCCACAAAGAUCCUUGCCUCUCACAUAGCAGAACAGCCAAUUUAGGAGACUAAUUUUGCUCAGCACCACCCAGCGCAUCAUACAUCCUGGCAUACUCUGGUACACCCAAACUAAUUUCUCCCCACGUCCUGCGUGUUUACAUCCAUCAAUAAACACUUUUAGAUAAGAUACCAAUGUUUCAUUUUGACCAAAAGUGUCAUUUUUUUUCCUUCCAGUCAACAAUGUCAAAGUAAGUUUCAGCAGUCCCAAAUGAAAGUUCUUCAGAGCUUUUCAUUCCAUGAAAAAAAGAUUAAAAAAAAAAAAAAAAAUCAGAGAUGAAAAUAAAUGGGAGUGGUGGAAUUCCCUGUGGGGUGAGAAUUCCUUGUUACAAAGUAGAUGAGCAGAACCCAGCUACACUGAAGCUUUUCCAAAACUGUUAAAUCUUUUUCACUGCUUGUCUAUUUCCCUUCAAAUUCAGUGUCAAAAGUUUAAAACCCCCUAUAGUGAGAUGGGUGAGUAACACAAAGCACCAUGAGUUAGAGCCUCCCCUCUCACCCGCCCCCAAACCACAGACCUUCACCUGUUGCACUGGGGGGCUUGAGCCAAUCUGCAUCAGCCCAGCCUGCAGGUGGGUUACUCCAGCAAUUUCCGAGGAGGCUGCCAAACCACCCCUCUCCCUAGCCUCCCCUUACCUCCCCACCAGUUCCAGGACUGUCAGCAGGGGGAGGAGGGAGCAGCAGGCAGCUGCUGACUGGGCUUGGCCUGGCUAGGCCAGAGCUGGAGGGGUUGGGCAGGGUGGAAUGGGACAGAGCCCCUCCACCUCACAAGCACCCCCAGCUACCCUGGCUGGGAUAUUGGAGGAAGCCAGGCUGGGCCUGAGGGACAAAGGGAGGCUCCUUUCCCCUACCUUCUGCCUGGGUCUUUUGAUAGCUGCUGGAUCAGCUUUUCCUGGCCAGAGCUAGAGUUUUGGGGGGUGGGAAGAGGGGAGGCAGGGUGGAACAGAGCCCCCUCGCCUCAUGGGCCCAGCCUGACUGCUCCCAAUACCUCUUGGACUAAUAUCAUGCAUAAUUCUCGGUCUCUUGAAGGCUCAGAUUAAGCAUAGUGGCUUCUUAACCUGGCAGGGAAAAUACCAUGCAUCUGUGUCCAAGAAGGCAGUUUUCCUGAACCACUUCUCAGGAGAACUGCUCUUCCGGUGUGGUUCAGUACCUGCGGAGGUACAGCGGCUUUAAGCCCAGUUUAUGGAAAUGCGAGUCUCCUCCCUUGCUUCCUCCUGCAGCCACAUGGCUGAGGGCAAGCAAAACUCGGGGGCAUCCGAACCCGAAGCCUCCGGGCUGGGGCCUGCAAGUAGGAUGCCCGUUAAAGGUUUUGGAAAUGAGCGAAGCCCCAGGUGUGGGUGGAGGAUGUUUGCCGGUAGCAGGGCCACUUGUGGUUCUGGACUCUUGAAUUUGGAAUUAGUUUUGGCUAAUUUGGCCUCGGAUACAAUUUUAAAAAAACAAACAAACUUUAGCCAGGGUAGCAGUGGUGGGGGCCUGCGAGGCAAGAGGUCUCUGUUUCACCCCACCUUGCCCCUCCAGCUCUGGCCAAGGCAAGCCCAGCCAGCAGCUGCCUACUGCUUCCUCCUUCUCUCCCUCCUCACCCCCACCCCCUGCUGACAGCCCCACAAAGGAUGAAAAAUUAACAAGUUCCCUAACAUGCUCUGCUUUAGAGCACCUUCAUUUAAUACCCGAUUUGACAAGGGUUAAUUUUUCAUGCGACUGGCCAUUUAAAAACUGCUCUGCCAUGCACAUGUGUUACAUCCCAGCUGUAGAGCACUUUCAGGGGCCUGAUGGCAUGAAAAAUACAAGUUGUGUAAGUGCCCAAAGUCUAGGGAGAGCAGAAAGCGCAGCCUCCACCAGGAACGAAGGUACGUACUCAACAGCAACUUGCACACUGAUAGUUCACUGAGGAGACACGCUACAUUGAGUUUCACUUGAAAGAGGAACUACUGAAUUUCCAGGAUGAAAUGUUGGCCGCAUUCAGGCAAGUGGGGGACAGGAUUUUACUCCUUAUCUUUUAUCAAGCAUAUUCACUAUCACUUCUCAAUUCCUCUGCAUAUGAUUUUAUACAUCCUAGGGUCUCCUUCAGUGACUUCAGUGGAAACAAAACCAGAAUCAUUCUGGAGUGAAACUGAAAAGCAGGAGGACUUCCUGAUACUCGGGGAUCCCAGUUUUCCCUGAUUAAAAAAAAAAAAAAAAAAAAAUCACAAAUUCUCUGACAAAAACUGCAAAUUCUCUACUUAAAACCCCCAAUUAAAAUGAAACACCAUUAUAUAUACAGGUAUCAGCUGGACACAUUGUUUUAUUGAUAUAUUUGCUAUUUUAAAGCACUUUGGAAGCCUACCAGUGCCUCAGUCUCUAUAAUAAAAUAAAUUCUAAGUACUUAUAAAUUUUGGUAUGUGAUUUUGGGUCUUUUACUAAUGAAAAAGUCAGAGUUCCCCCUGCCCCCUUAGCUCACAGAACACAGGCCUGCUGGUGUGUCUCAUUCCCCACACACAGCCCCCUACCCGUGCCAGUGCUCCUCACUCCCCCCUACUACUGCCCCCCAGCUGCUGAUCCAUCCUCCCCACACACCCUUCCCUCCUUGCUCCCCCUUCCACCACAACAGACUUACCAGCUGCAUGCAGCUGUAUCGGAAAUCAGAUUGCCAUUGGCCAAUAUGCAUCCUUAAAUAUCAUCUAUCAGUAUCAGGCCCCAAAAUCUCUAUCGGUGCAUCUCUAUCCUUUUUCAUAGCUUCAUAUAAAACUAUGAAAUUGGAGUUCUAUACUGCAUUUUGAGAUUACUUUGCCUUUAUCAUUUUUUAGUCCCUUGCUUUUUUAUGUUCAAUAAACAUCCAAAAUAUUGU